AACACCCCGAGAGCACGGCAUAGACGUGACGAGACAGAGAAGCCGCAGACACAGAGCCAGACGUGGUGAAGGGACCGAGACAUGGAUGCCGGCGCAGAGGCCUGGGACAGGCUGGACGAGGGCUCCUUCACCGACAACUUCCACAAUGAAAUCUGGGCGUCCAGGACCUACCUGUGCUAUGAGGUCGAGCAUCCCGGUCAGGGAUCCGGGAUUCCUCCGGGCCAGGAGAAGGGUGUCCUGCGCAAUAAGAGUGACCCGGACCCCAUGCUCUCGCGCCAUGCGGAGUCCUUCCUGCUGGAGCGGAUCCAGUCCUGGAAACUGAACCCGGAACACCAGUACAGGGUCACCUGCUUUCUCUCCUGGAGCCCCUGUGCUGAUUGUGCCCAGCGUAUGGCUGAGUUUCUGGGGGACAAUAGGCACGUGAGCCUGAACCUCUAUGCCUCCCGCAUCUACAGCCUGGGACAGUAUGAGCAGGGGCUGCGCACCCUGAAGAGGGCUGGGGCCAGCAUCGCCAUCAUGACCGCCAGGGAGUUUGAACACUGCUGGGACACCUUCGUGCUCCACGAGGGAAGAAGCUUCCAGCCCUGGGAGGGUCUGGACAAGGAGAGUCAGAAAUUCUCUGAGACCCUGCAGAGCAUUCUCCAGCAGGAAGCCUGAGGAUGGACUUCAGUCUCGCCAAAGACCACGCAGGGGAGGCCUCUGUGAACAGCAGAAUAAAACAUUUCCUCCCAAGCCUGCAGACCUGCUCUCCACCGCCCUCCAGAUUGAUCCACGAAAACCAGCAAAAGGCCAUGAGCCCAGAAGAAAUUGUCUUGAAAGAAAAAAAUCUGAGUAGAUUUACUUGUCCUGGAAAAUCUACCUUAGGUUCAAAUAAACGGGUUAAGAUCAUA